AUGGAGACGGGCCACAUUGACACCCUGCUGGAGCGCUAUCUCGUCCUACUGGACGAGUACACCACACUGCGCGAGCGCCUCACCAGGGCUCAGGUCGGCAUGUAUCAGAACAUCGCACGAGCCAAUUUCUCCGCAGAGAGGGGCGUCCGCUACGGCCCGGACUACUACGACGAGCGCAUGCGGGCUUCGAGGGUCCUUGCCGUGUCUGUGGACGGCCGGAAUGUUCCCCGCUUCGAGAUUGUUCAGCCUGCAGAUGCAGUGACGGAGCCGAAAGCGAUGGGGACCAAUGAGGCUCGGAACCCAAAGGAUAAGGGACGGUCGCGGAGUGACGCCGAUGAAGCUCCAGAUUACGCGGCUGGUGAAGCAACAUUUGCCGAUGAGGUCAAGGACGAGAAGGAAGCGAAUGGGGAAGAAGUGGAGAAGACGAAGAAGCAGAAGAAAGGGAACAGCGACCCCCUCCGGUGGUUUGGCAUCCUGGCGCCAUUGCCUCUACGGCAGGCACAGACGCUGUCAGUGCACAUCGUUGAGGACGUCAUCCCGCGGCUGGUCUCGGUAGAUGCCGAGAUGAAGGACGUAGAGAUCGAGGUCCGGCGGGCGCGGAAGAGGCGAGCCAAGACGGAGGCAGCGUCGAAGAAGAGCGACGCGGCCCCCGAGACGGAUCGGCAUGGGUUGCAUGCCCCGGCGGCGGUGGUUGAGUCGAUGUGA